UCAUUAUUGUUUGACAAUUAGAAAAGUGCAUUACGACAAAUAUCGGACUAGAGAGUAAAAAGUAUUCAAAAUGAAAAUAUUUGUGGCGCUAACUGUAGUGGGUCUAUUGAGUUUUACCUCAGCUUCCAUCUCACCCGAACAGGCCAAGGCCGAUGUUGUCUCUCAUGUAGAACCUCAAAUCUAUAGUCUCUUAUCCAUACCCGGUGUGGCGAGAGCUGGUGGUGGUGUCAAAUGUUAUGACAAAUAUUUACCUCUCAUAACAGCUGCCACUGAAAAUUCAAAAACUGAUACUGAAGCCUGUAUUUCACGGGCAGCUUCACGACGUGAAGAUGAAUUGAAUAAAGUGAAAUCGGAGCGUGAAAAUCUUGAUAGUCAAGUGCAAAAUGUGGAAGAAACUUUGAGUCUUUGUUUAAAGAAAACUGAUGAUUUGGAUUACCUUAAAUGUUUGAAGGAGAAUUCUUUAAAUUUACAAACCACUAUUGGUGAAGUGGGUAAAACUUCAUCAAGUUUGUCCGAUAAUUUGUCAUCAUCCUAUAAAAAUAUAGACUCUACCGAAGAUACUUGUAUUAAAGCAGUUAUUGCCAAGUCUAAAUCUGUUAGCGAUGAACUUUUGGCUGCUUUACAAAAUUGCUUAAUGAAUGGUUUGGAUGAUGGUGGUUCAGAUGGAGGUUCGGAUGGUGGAUCGGAUGGUGGAUCGGAUGGUGGUUCAGAUGGUGGAUCGGAUGGUGGUUCUGAUGGUGGUUCAGAUGGAGGUUUAGAUGGUGGUUCAGAUGGAGGUUCAGAUAGUGGUUCAGAUGGUGGUUCAGACGGUAAUUCUGACGGAGGUUCUAAUGGUGACUCCAAUGGAGGUUCAGAUGGCAAUUCAGACGCUGGCUCUGAUUCCGGUGUUGAACCCAACCCAAAUAAUGAGCCUGAAGAAGAUCUUCAGUAAAACUAUUAAAUUCAGUUUAUAUUUCAAACACUAUUUUAAUUAAAUCUUAAACUUUAAAAUGGAUAUUCUGAAUAUCCUAUAUUGAACCAUGUCUCAAAAUCGAGGAACUAUAAGUUUUUUAAUAAAUUUUUUCUUUUGAAA